AUGGAGGAUGAUGCUGCAACUCUCCAUGUUUUCUCCUCAUUUCAGCUCCAACAGUCGAGCAGGACGCAGAGUUUUCAUCUGGACAGACUCACAGUUUCUUACAGUUGUAAAGAUUUCGAUCCAACAGGAGAAAAUGAGGAGCCUCAUUCUGAUGUUCCUCCUGGGCAUCGGAGGAGUGACGGCAGUGACCCACUCUCUGAAGUAUUUCUACACUGGGUCCUCUCAAGUCCCAAACUUCCCAGAGUUUGUGGCUGUUGGGAUGGUUGAUGAAAUUCAGAUGGUUCACUAUGACAGCAACACCAGGAAAGCAGUGCCCAAACAGGACUGGAUGGACAAAGUAACAAAAGAUGAUCCAAAGUAUUUGGAGGGUCAGACUGGGGGCUUGAUGGGUGAACAGCAGAACUUCAAAGCCAACAUUGAAAUUUUAAAGCAGCGCUUCAACCAAACUGGAGGUGUUCACAUUAACCAGAGGAUGUACGGCUGUGAAUGGGAUGAUGAGACAGAUGAGGUUAAUGGAUACUAUCAGUUUGGUUAUGAUGGAGAAGACUUCAUAUCACUUGACCUGAAGACAGAGACAUGGAUCGCUCCAAGACAACAGGCUGUCAUCACCAAACACAAGUGGGACAAUAACAAAGCUUGGAUUGCACAGCAAAAGAACUACCUCACCCAGAUCUGUCCUGAGUGGCUGAAGAAGUAUGUGAACUACGGGAGGAGCUCUCUGAUGAGAAAAGAGCCCAUUGUGUCUCUCCUCCAGAAGACUGCCUCCUCUCCGGUCACCUGCCACGCUACAGGUUUCUACCCCGACAGAGCCGACUUGUUCUGGACCAAAGAUGGAGAGGAGCUUCAUGAGGACGUGGACAAAGGAGAGAUCCUCCCCAACCAUGAUGGAAGCUUCCAGAUGAGUGUUGACCUGAAGGUUUCAUCCAUCGCACCUGAAGACCGGAAGAAAUACCACUGUGUGUUUCAGCUGUCUGGAGUCAACGACAUCAAAACCAAACUGGACAAAGCAGUGAUCAUUUCUAAUGAAGGGAAUCCUCUCUCCAUGAUCAUCCCCAUCGUUGUUGCUGUGGUGGUUCUUGCUGUCAUCGCUGUGGUUGGAUUCGUUGUCUACAAGAAGAAGAAGGACAAACGUCCUCCAUCUCCUGUUGACAACCGUGAGGUCCAGGAGGAAAUGCUUCCCAAGGCCUGAAUGACAAACACAACCCUGCACACAGUUUAUGGAUACAUUUUGCACUGAAACAAGGAGCGGUGUCGCCACAUUCUCCUCCAUAAACUGGGAAUUCAUUGGAUAUUAAUCAUUAACUGGUAGAAGAAGUGCUGAGGAUUGAGUUAGAAAUGCUUUUUGAUUCAAAUCCAGAUAACGUUGAAAAACAUGAGUCAUCAAACAAAGUGAUAUUAGAUUGUUUUGAGCAUUUAGUUCUAAUUAAAAAGUGGAAUUCCCUCUGAUCAAACACAGUGAUGACUGUCUGCAGAGAAGUAAAACGUAUUCAGACGAUAUUCAAAUCAUUCAAAGCAUCACAGCGUUCUUCAUACAAACACAAUGAAUCAGAGAAUUCUGAAACAAACAUACCGUACUUACAGUUAAAUAUUUCUGGUGUUGGGUUUUUCUGUAAAUCAAUGAAUCAAACAAUAAUGAAUACUGAUAAUACAGAUGUAGAUAUACACGUAUAAGCACGCACAUACAUUACAUUCAUUCCCCUUUUCAUAGACGUAUAUUCUGAGUGUCUGGUGAUAUAAUAACAUAUACAUUAAGAUCAAAUGCUGCACAUCAAUCAGCAAGUUUUUCAUCACUGUAGUGGUGAUCUUGAUUUGUCAGUAAUUUGUAGACAUUUUCUGGUUUCUGCCACAUCAUGAAAACAUUUUUAAAUUAAAAUUCACAAUAAUGUGCGUAAGUGAAAUAAAGAAUGACGCAUACAAUGAUGGACUGUAUCUCUACAAACGGACACACCUACAGUUCAAAUCUUUAGUUCCCAGUUGUGUAAAUAUUGUGUGUAAAGAUCUUGCUUUGAUUCCAACCAGGCCUAAGAAAGUUAUAAUAUAUUUCUUUGAAGUUGAUGAAGGCUUUGAUUAGGAUAGAGUGUUUUUGAUUCUUUUACGAUACAUAUGUUUUGAUCUUUAGUUUCAGAUUAGAAUUUAAUUUUAGUUGAGAUUUUGAAGAGUGGUGUGAUAGAGUUUAUGUUCUUGAAAAUAUUUCUUGCUAGUACUUAAGGACAAGAUAAUUUUUGUAAACAUUUAGAAAUUAUACAGUGAUGCUGAAAUCAAUUCUUGUGUUGAGUUCAUUGAAUAAUUAACUUGUGUUGCUGUUUCAUUCCUUUUGUACUUUUGCUUUGCUUUUCAAUAAAGUCCUUAAUAAUCCAAA